AUGGCUCGCUUCAGUCUCUCAUUCAUCUCCAUUUUCCUCGUCCUCGCGGUCCUUACUCUCUCCAUGCCCACCGCGCGCGAUGGGCAGGCUCCCAGCCAAUCGCUUAGACUCGAUAGUGCUGAUCAUGGAUUGACGCAUCCCACUCGGUCGACGGAUCGUCUUAGCAAUGAAAAGGAGGAACAGGAGGCCAAGAUCGCUGCGAAGCUGGCUGAAAAGGCCGGGUCUGCUGCCAAGUCUACUCCUGCUGCCACCCCUACCGACGAGUCUAAGCCUAAGUUUACCGGCUUGGGCAGGGUUCCCUUCCUCGGUCCUGUUAUCGGUGAUAUUGGAGGCGGUAUCUGA